UUUAGUGAAAGCAGAUUUUGAAAAAUGUAUUCAACAACUAAAGUUAAUGAAAACUGAUAUGGAGCAAAAUGAAAUUCAACGAAAUGCACAGGUGAUUAAGGAAUUUACCUCAUUACAUGAAGCACUUAAACUUCAAGAACAAGCAAUUAAAGAGAUAAUAAAAACUGAGACUACAAAGAAACAAACUGAAGUUGACAAUUUUGUUGAAUCAAAAUCAACAUUAAUGUUACAGUUAGAGGGAUUGAUGUUGUAUGCGAUAGAAGCUUUCAAAGAAAGUAAACCAGCUGUAUUCCUUCAAACAUCUGCACAGAUAAACAAACGUCUCUCUGAAAUUAUGCUUUGUGUGAUUCCUAGUAGUUCAUUAGCUAUAAUUCCUUUUGAAGGCUUUGAAUUAAAUGUGAAUCAUAUAAAGGAAGCAAUUGAUGCACUACCAUCACAACUAUGUGAAAAUGAGUUAAAACAUUUGUGCAGUGGAGAUUUCCAGAUGGUUCAAAAUUUGAAUAUACCAUGCGAAGUUAAAAAGCUGAAAGCUAAUUGCAGUGAACAAGAGCCAAUUUUGAACCGACAUUGCGCAUCAUUUACUUCUAAAGCCCAUGCUGCCUUAGUCACUCAUAAUUCAGAUUCUUGUUUAUGUAUUCCUCGAUCUUGUGCAGGUAACUUCAGCUCUAGUGGAUCCAAAGAAGACUUUUGCACAGAUGUUUUACCUUCUCUCCAAUAUAGCCCACAAUAUACAUCUGAAGAUAGUUGCAGCAUAACUUCAACCAAGACAGCUACAAGUGGUCACGUUAGUGAAGAAAAGUCACAAUCCACAUCUAAUGAUGAAACCACUUCAGAUGCAACUGAUGGAGACUCAUAUGCAAAUACAAAUUCUAGCAAAAGCAAUGAGAAGUCUGCGUCUAAUUUAGAUCCAGCUUCAGAUGCCUCCUGUUUGGAUUACUGUGAAUCUGUGACAAGUUCUGAUCACUGUGUUCCAUACACCAACAGUGAGACACAAGCUUUCACAAGUCAUACUUUGUCUUGUACCAACCCUUGUAAAUCUGAUCCACGAACUUCUACUAUCUUUCAAGGUGCAUGCUUCAAAAACCAUGAAUGCAAGAACACAAACUGUACCCUUUAUAUUCCUGCAGGAAUGGAUCUUAGCAGCAAUGUUUUAAAUACACCAAUAAUGGUGGAAAACGACGAGGCAAACCAAGAAUUCAAUCAAUGUCAAAGGAAACCCGAAAUGGCUAAAACCAUGUAUUUUUCUGAAAGGACUUUGGAAAUACCCAAAGGGUGGUGGAAGAUGCACAAUUGCAAGUUGAGACAUAGCAGUGGAGAUGCAUUCUCCAUUGAGUUAAGUCAGAAAGGAGCAAAUACAUCAAAUGAUAAAUGCCCUCUUGAACCUGAAAAUAAUAAAUAUCUAAAUGAUCAUGACAGCGGAGACUUAUCAAAGGAUGACACGUCCAGUGUUAUUUCUGAGCAAGUGGCAGACAUUGACACUGGAAUUAGCUCUUACUACAAUAGUUCUUGUUUGUCAUCAGAAGGAGAGACUAAUGAAUAUGUUGCACCAUUUUACCAGCCUUGUACCUUUACCCCCACAGGACUGGAUCAGAUCAGCUAUACCAAUGUUGAAUCAGAGGACUUGUUCAAUGGUGAGAAAAGCAUUCCUUUAAGCAUUUGUAUCAAUGACAGUUUGUCUCAGAGUGAGAAAUCUAACGAUUCCUGUAACAUGGUUUCUUAUGUGCACCCACAUUACACUAUUAGAAAUCACCUUUCAUGCAAGGACAUGGAUUUGACAUCCGAAAGAGAAGGUUCUGAAAUGAUCACUGAUGAUUGCCAGCUAUGUCAACUGAGCAGCUCAGCUGGAUGUAAGAUUGAAUGCAGUAAACAGGGAACGCCCUGCUUACUAGUGACUGCCUCUCACAAAGCAGAACAUACUUGUUUUGACAAUGUUGAUAUGUCCAACCAUUUGAGGUACUGGAAUACAAGCAGCAUCCUUCGUAAUAUAAUAUCAAGAUGUAAAUUUGGGGGCCAGCCAGCUUUUAGGAAUCCAAAAUUGCUUUCUAAGACUAAAACCUUUAUACAAAGUAACCCCAAAACUCAGACUUCAGGUACUGCACAAAUUAACCCAUCACACUCUAGUGCUUAUUUUGAUGUCAAUUUAAAUAUGUCUGGCAGAGAUUUCAUCAGGAACAAAGCACUUCACUUCCCCAAAACUGCUAUUAACAAUGGUGCAAAAAGUCAUUCAAAUACUCAUCCCUACAGUACUGAUUUUCCAAAGAGACAAACCUUCAGAAAUGUCCAUCGAGAUAGUUCUCAAUUAAAGCCACAGAAUGGUAUCGGCAUUACCACUUGUCAAAAAAAGCAGGAAAAAGCAUGCACAUUGGAAAAGAAAGUUUCUGAGAACCGAGAUACAAAAAAUCUUCCAUGGCUCUUGCAAAUGCAAAAUGUUGCAUUAGAAUGUGAUGCUGGGAUAUUUCAGUUGUCUGAUAACCAUGUGCAAUUUGAUUCAGAAAAUGUUGCAUCGGCACAGCUAUAUGAGCAACUUCGUGCACCCAUUUCACCCAUGGAACCUAUGACUGCCUUAACUGAACUACCAGGACCUCCUGAAAUAUACAAGCACACUGUAAAUGGAACAUCCGCAAAGGUGAAAUGGAUGUGUCCUCCAUUGGGAAAGAAAACUGCGUAUUUUUUUGAAUUGCAAUUCCAGGAGAUCAUUUCAAUUGACAAAGAAGUGGCUAUACCUCAAGAUCAAGCUGGUGUCAUCUCUGGAAUUAAACACAAAAACUUUGUGGCUACUAAUCUGAACUCCAAUUCUGAAUACUUGUUCCGGGUCCGUGCAGUGACCAUGACUGGGAAAGGGCCAUGGUGUCAACCCUAUAAGAUCGUGACUGUAUGUGGAACAGUAGAAAACGGCAUGGAUACCAAGGCGAGAGAGUUUCACUGAAAGGAAUUCAAGUUACUGUUCACAGAGACAACUAAUCCAAUUGAAAGGUGUAAUAAAUUUAAGC